UAUAAGGGCCCCCCGCGCGGCGCGGCCCCAGCCGGCCCCGCCAUGCCGCUGCUGGGUGCCCUGCUGCUGGCCCUGGCCCUGCUCUGCACCUGGGGCCUGGCGCGCCGGCGGGACCCGCUGCCCGCGGCCGCGGCUCUGGGGCGCCCGCGGAGCCUGCCCGCCCUGCCGCUGGUGGGGAGCCUGCUGCAGCUGGCCGGGCACCCGCAGCUCCACCUGCGGCUGUGGCGCCUGCAGGGGCACUACGGCAGCCUCUACGCCCUCUGGAUGGGCUCCCACUACGUGGUGGUGGUGAACAGCUACCGGCACGCCAGGGAGGUGCUGCUGAAGAAGGGCAAAGAGUUCGCCGGACGGCCCCGCACCGUGACCACGGACCUGCUGUCCCGGGGGGGCAAGGACAUCGCCUUCGCCAGCUACGGGCCCCUCUGGAAGUUCCAGCGCAAGCUGGUGCACACCGCCCUCUCCAUGUUCGGAGAAGGCUCGCUUGCCCUCGAGAGGAUCAUCUGCCGGGAGGCUGCAUCCCUGUGCGAGACCCUCAGCGCUGCGCAGGAUGUGGCCCUGGACAUGGCCCCCGAGCUCACACGGGCUGUCACCAACGUGGUCUGCUCCCUCUGCUUCAACUCCUCAUACCGCCGUGGGGACCCUGAGUUCGAGGCCAUGCUGGAGUACAGCCAGGGUAUCGUGGACACCGUGGCCAAGGAGAGCUUGGUGGACAUCUUCCCCUGGCUCCAGAUAUUUCCCAACAAGGACCUGGCCCUGCUGAAGAAAUGCCUCCAGGUCCGGGACCAGCUUCUCCAGCAGAAAUUCACUGAACACAAGGAAGCUUUCUGUGGAGGCACCGUGAAGGACCUCAUGGAUGCCCUCCUGCAAGUGAGGCUCAGUGCUGAGAACAGCAGCCCUCCGGAGCCAGGGCUGGAGCUGACUGACGACCACCUCCUCAUGACAGUGGGGGACAUCUUUGGGGCUGGUGUGGAGACCACCACAACUGUGCUCAAAUGGGCUGUGCUCUACCUGCUCCACUACCCUGAGAUCCAGAGGAAGAUCCAGGAGGAAAUGGACCACAAGAUUGGCCUGGUACGUCACCCCCACCUCAGUGACCGCCCACUGCUGCCCUACCUGGAGGCCACCAUCAGUGAAGUGCUGCGCAUCCGGCCCGUGUCCCCCCUGCUCAUCCCACAUGUGUCCCUUGCCGACACCAGCAUUGGGGAAUACUCCAUCCCCAAGGGUGCCAGGGUCAUCAUCAACCUCUGGUCUGUGCACCACGACGAGAAGGAGUGGGACAAGCCUGAGGAGUUCAAUCCUGGCCGCUUCCUGGAUGAGCGGGGCCAGCACAUCCAUUCACCCUCACCCAGCUACCUCCCCUUUGGAGCCGGGAUCCGUGUCUGCCUCGGAAAAGUCCUGGCUAAGAUGGAGCUCUUCCUCUUCCUGGCCUGGGUGCUGCAGAGGUUCACACUCGAGUGCCCUGAAGACCAGCCCCUGCCCUCACUGGAGGGCAAGUUUGGUGUCGUGCUGCAGGUGCAGAAGUUUCAGGUGAAGGCCAGGCUGAGGGAGGCCUGGAGAGCAGCCUCAUGAUGGGGAGGAGCC